GCUUUGCAGACGCUGCUGCGUGAAUCCGUGUUUUCUUGUGUUACUGCUGCGCCCAGCCAUGGUCAACCCUACGGUGUUCUUCGACAUCGCCGUCGACGGCGAACCGCUGGGCCGCGUCUCCUUCGAGCUGUUCGCAGAUAAAGUUCCAAAGACAGCAGAAAACUUCCGCGCCCUGAGUACUGGGGAGAAAGGAUUUGGUUACAAAGGUUCCUGCUUUCACAGAAUUAUUCCUGGGUUUAUGUGCCAGGGUGGUGACUUCACACGCCAUAAUGGCACUGGUGGCAAGUCCAUCUAUGGGGAAAAAUUUGAUGAUGAGAACUUCUUCUUGAAGCAUACAGGUCCUGGCAUCCUGUCCAUGGCAAAUGCUGGACCCAAUACAAACGGUUCCCAGUUUUUCAUCUGCACUGCUAGGACUGACUGGUUGGAUGGCAAGCAUGUGGUCUUUGGGAAAGUGAAAGAAGGCAUGAAAAUUGUGGAAGCCAUGGAGCGCUUUGGGUCCAGGAACGGCAAGACCAGCAAGAAGAUCACCAUUGCUGACUGUGGACAACUCUAAUAAAUUUGAUCUGUAUUUUAUGUUUUAUCUUAACCACCAGACCAUUCCUUCUGUAGCUCUGGAGAUCAGCCUUCUACCCCAGUGUGCUUGCAACAUCCUAUAAUCUUUGUGCUCUCACUGCAGUGCUUUGGGUUCCAUCUUUUCCUUAUUCUCCUUCAAGUCUAGCUGGAUUGCAGAGUUAAAUUUAUGGUAAUGAAAUAAAAACUAAAUGACA